GAGAACUUUUGCACGGACAGGAUCGGUGCUGCUAGAGUGCUAAGGACACAACGGCUCCAAUACUUAUCUUUUCACCAUUCAACCGUCAAGAUAAGGGAUUAGUGUCGAUUUCUCAAGCACUACGCUCUUUCUUCAAGGAGAGAUGAGCUUUUUAUUUGGAAGCCGCUCGUCGAAGACGUUCAAGCCGAAGAAGAACAUUCCAGAAGGCUCACAUCAGUACGAGCUCCUGAAGCAUGCUGAGGCCACGCUGGGUAGCGGGAACCUGCGCAUGGCUGUCAUGCUGCCCGAUGGAGAAGACCUCAAUGAAUGGGUGGCAGUCAACACUGUGGAUUUCUUUAACCAGAUCAACAUGCUGUAUGGGACCAUCACAGACUUCUGCACUGAGGAAAGCUGCCCACUAAUGUCUGCUGGACCCAAAUAUGAAUAUCACUGGGCUGAUGGAACCAACAUAAAAAAGCCAAUUAAAUGUUCUGCUCCAAAGUACAUUGAUUACCUGAUGACUUGGGUCCAGGAUCAGCUUGAUGAUGAGACACUUUUCCCUUCAAAAAUAGGUGUCCCUUUCCCAAAGAACUUCAUGUCAGUAGCCAAGACAAUUUUGAAGAGACUUUUCCGUGUUUAUGCUCACAUCUACCACCAGCACUUUGACUCUGUUAUCCAGCUGCAGGAAGAGGCGCACCUCAACACCUCUUUCAAGCACUUUAUCUUCUUUGUUCAGGAGUUUAAUUUGAUUGACCGGAAAGAACUAGCACCCCUUCAGGAGCUGAUUGAGAAGCUCACCUCCAAGGACAGAUAAAUCUGCUCUUACAAUCAGCACAUCCUUUCUAAUUUCUGUGUACAGGCAGCCUGGCUUUGUUCUCUCUGUGUUUGAAAGUGUGUGGGACUGUUUCCUCAAAGAAUUGGAAUAGGCUGAACUCACAAAACCCUCAAUAUGCCACAACUCGCGUAUAGGUCAAGAUCAUAGUGGAAUUAUACUAAAGCCCUUUUGACGUUGUCUCAGAAAAGAUCCAAGUGCCUGAUAUGUCCACUUUCUAAUUGUUAUAACCACUACUGCUUUAAAAGUUGUUUAAGAUUAUGCUUUUUACUUUUUUUUUGUUUGUUUUUUUGAGUACAUUGAUGAUACUUCGUGAUACGUUAGCUUAGUUCCUAGAUAAUAUAUAUAAUAUAUAUAUAUAUUUGAAUGAACCAUGGAGAUGGAGGUCCAACUUUAAGUCUUGGCAUUUUUUUUUUUUAUACCUGCUCCUGUGUCAUGACAUGUUUGGAAAUUCCGUUUCUGUAAUAGGACUGCUUUGUUUUCAUCUGAUUUUAUUUAGCCCUAAAUCUCUGUCUUGUAACCCAUUUCACUCAUAACAGAUGAACUUUGCCCUGAGCCCACCGUUUGUCUGAUAAUGCUUUUAUACCACUACAAUACUUAUACAUAAGUACAUAUUUUGAUGUGCCAGGUUUCGCAGAUUGACUCACAGAGGUCAGGGGUUUGUCUGUUGGAAGCUGGGAUGAAAUGAGUUGACUAUGCAAAAUUGGGAGAUUCAAUUAAUUAUCUAAUUUAUAAAAUUUUUUAGAUACCCCAUGACAUACACAUGGCCUUUUCAUUCUUUAAGCAAGUCUACCAUGGACAUCUUUGUGGAUGCCAACCACAGCAAAUCUAAUGGCAAUGAUCCAUUUCUCUAGUUAUAAUGCAGCCGCUUUUCCUCCAUAUUAUGUAUCUGUGUCUUUCAAGGAUCCACAAUAACAUUUUUCACUUAAAACACAAGAUAAUAUUUGAUUGGAUAUUGCAAUGACAAAUGAGAUACUAGUUUAACAAUGAUACACCUAUGUUUAUCAUUGAUGAAGUAAUGGUAACUUGAAUAAUUCAAAUAAUACAAAACAGAAAUAAUGAAUUGCUGGUUUUGUCUAUGAGGUUUCACCCCAUGAAUGUUAAUUUUUUCUGAAUGUUACAGAAAAUUUGUUUUUAUUCUGAAUAACACAUGAUAAAAUAUUUCUCAGAGAUUACAUCUAAACAAUUGAAUGGCAAGUUGUAAAUAAUGUAAACAGUAAAGUUAUGCAAUUGAAAUAACCUGAAAUGCUAAACUCGCUGAACUUUUGUGGUACAACUCUGAAUGCUGUUUAUAGGUUAAUAAACCUUGU